AUGGCGAUGAAACGAAAUGGAAAGUCUCCUGCCUCUUCCGACUCUAACGAAAAAGUGAUGUUCUUCAGAGAUGUCUCUCUAGGUCCCCAUGAAACCCGUAUGCGCUUUCGACUCAUCCAUUUCUGGGAGGCUCAGAAUCCGGUGAAGAAGACCCUUAUUGGCCUGGAGAUGCUUCUCAUCGACGAGCAGGGAACUGUCAUUCAAGGAUUCAUCCCACCAGGACGUAUUAAGAAAUACUUGCCUGAGAUGAAGCGAGGUUCAGUUUACGAACUCAUCAACUUCUACGGAUCGAAGAACAAACCGAUGUAUCGGGUUGCUGAUCAUAUCGCAACCGUGUCCUUCGCAUGGAACUCUGAGUUGUCGGUCCUUCACGACAUUCCAAUCCCUUUUGAUGAAGACCGUUUCAGGAUGCAUUCGUAUGAGGAUUUUGAGGCCAACUGUGAUCUGAAAGGUGACCUCUAUGGACUUGUCAUGAAGCUCUACCUCUGGGACCAGGCAGCAACGGACUUCUGCAAGAAGUUUAAGUCUUACGAAAACACUCCCACAGUUGUUUUGGUCACAGCCGUUAACACUAAACGUCUCAGAGGUACAAUGGCACUGAGUUCUAUGUCUCCCACACGGGUUUUCAUGGACUAUGAUGUCCAACCAACAAUUGAUUACUUCGCCUGGCUCUCCUCAAACCCAGAGAUUGCUAAGCAGGAUGCCUUUUUUGAGUGCACUGCUACGAUUGAUGAUGUGGUUCAUGGAUCUGCUUGGUACUAUAUUGCAUGCACUGGGUGUCAUAGUAAGGCUACCAAAGGCGCAAACUCAUUGAUUUGCACGAACCCAAGAUGUGUGAAGGAUACCACAGCUGGAGUUGCACACAGUGAACAAGGUUUUUUUGUCCUGCUUGGUGAUGCUGGUUUUCAGUUGACUGGGAGGCACGCAUCUGAGUUGGUCAGCAGCUACUUUGAGGCCAAUAAAGACAAAGGCCCUGACCAUGAAGUGCCUGUCCCGGAAGCUCUGAUCAGCAUAAUCGGACAGACCCAUAAGUUUUGUGUGAAAGUUACAGACCACAACUUCUCUGGCAACACCCGAGCUAUCACUGUCACCAAGAUCCUCCCUCUAGAGACACCAUCACCCACAAAAGGCUCUCUUGGAAAUGCCAUUGCUGAACCGUCCAUGGAAGCAGUGCAGACUGGAAGUGACGUGUGUGAGCCUUCAAAAAGCCGUGGAGAUUCUGCAGAUGAAGAGUGUAAGAGAACGUUUUACAGUGUUGAUCCAGAGAGAGUCAAACGGGCAAGAUGUGAGAAAUGA